UAAAUAUAUUUCUUGAGAUUGACAAGUAUAGCUAAGAUGAUCUCUCCAAGCACCGAAAGAAAAAAAAAAUUAAAAUAAAAAAUUAAAAUUCACCCUUAUACCCUCAUCUUCAUAAAUUCACUAUCCUUUUCAGGGGUUGAUUUCAAUUACUAUUAUUUAUUUUUUCCUCAAUUUUUUUUUUAUGAUUUUUCUUUUUUCAUCUUCAUCAUCAGAUGUUAGUAAUAAUUUGGAGGAAGAAGAAGAAAAAUUCUCCAGCAAGAGAGAGAGAAAGAGUAAUAAUAAUAAAAUUAUUAUUAUUUUUAUGCUAGUAAAGUAUUAGUAGAAGAAGUAGUAGAAAGAUAUAUAGUUCUUUUUUUGUGUGUGUUUUAUUUUGUUUUGUAAUUCUAUGCUGGGGGAUCACUCAAGUGGUACCCCAACUGGGUUAGGAAGCUCUUCGGGUGGCGGUGGCGGUGGCGAUGCGGCGGCUGAAUCGAGGGGUGGUAAUUCAGGUCAUGAAUUAGUAGAAGAUCAUCAUAGAAUAAUAAUGAGUGGUAAUAAUAGCAAAAAUCAUCAUCAACAACAACAUGAUGAUGAGAUUUUAAUGAGUGGUGGUGGUGGUACGGAUCAUAGAAGCAGCUUUGGUGGUAAUCGGUGGCCGAGGCAAGAGACUAUUGCUCUUUUGAAGAUACGUUCUGAAAUGGACGUUGCUUUUCGAGAUGCAUCUGUUAAAGGUCCAUUGUGGGAUGAUGUUUCAAGGAAGCUAGCUGAGCUUGGUUAUCAUCGAAGCGCCAAGAAAUGUAAGGAGAAAUUCGAAAACGUUUACAAGUAUCACAAAAGAACCAAAGAUGGCCGAACUGGUAAAUCCGACGGAAAAACGUAUCGAUUCUUCGAUCAAUUAGAAGCUCUAGAUCAUCAUCAACUCAUCUCUUCUUUCUCAUCAUCAUCAUCUUCACCACCACCUCCGCCGCCUCCGCAGCCACAGCUAAAUAUUCCCAAACCUCAUCAACCAGCUGCAACAGCAUCGGCAAUACCGCCGCCGCCACCGAGCAAUAAUAAUAGUCCAAUAAUGGCGCCAUUGCCUCAAAAUAUUACUACUAGUAGUACUACUACUGUUCCAUCGAUUGGUACUACUGCCAUGAACAUCUCAUUUCAAUCUCCGUUUGUUUCAGCAAACCCUACUGCUACUACUUCGAUUUUACCACCACCGGCGCCGAUAAUAUCUUCGGCGGCAAUGAAUCCUCCUCCUCCUACUGCUACUACUACUGCUGCGGCUACAGCUACAUUUAUGAGAAAUAUUUCAGCGGAUCUUGUUUCGAAUUCGAUGACGUCAUCGUCUUCUACGUCUUCUGAUGAUAACGAUCAUGAUCAGGAGAUGGAAGAUGUUGAAAUUGGGAGGAGGAGUAGGAAGAGGAAGAGGAAGUGGAAGGAUUUCUUUGAGAGAUUGAUGAAGGAAGUGAUUCAGAGACAAGAAGAUUUGCAGAAGAAGUUUCUGGAAGCUAUUGAGAAACGAGAGCAAGAGAGAAUGGUUAGGGAAGAAGCUUGGAGGUUGCAAGAGAUGUCCAGAAUUAAUCGCGAAAGAGAAAUUUUAGCUCAAGAAAGAUCUUUCGCGGCCGCCAAAGACGCUGCCGUCAUGUCAUUUCUUCAAAAAGUUUCCGAACAGCAACAGCAAAAUAAUAAUAACGACAAUCCCGCCGCCACCACUGCCACCACCGCCACCGUUGCCGCCCCAAUUUUAAACAAUAAGGUUAUCCAAACGGCAGUGCAAUCCACUCCUCCUCGGCCACAACCGCAACCGCAACAACAGCCACCGCCACAGCAACAGCCGCGGCCGCCACAGCCAUUAGUGGUGAGUGAAAAUGUUAAGAAAUCAACAAAUGAGAACAAUGUCAUCAUCACCAACAACAGUUCAAUGGUGGUGGCCGCGGAGGGUUCAGGAGGAGGAAUGAGCUCAUCGCGGUGGCCAAAAACGGAGGUUUUAGCUCUAAUCCAGUUAAGAACAAAUCUGGAUUCAAAGUAUCAAGAAAACGGUCCCAAAGGACCGCUCUGGGAAGAAAUAUCUUCAGCAAUGAAGAAACUCGGGUACAAUCGCAAUCCCAAGAGAUGCAAGGAAAAAUGGGAGAACAUUAACAAAUACUUCAAGAAAGUUAAAGAGAGCAACAAAAAACGUCCAGAAGAUUCCAAGACAUGUCCUUACUUUCACCAAUUGGACGCUCUCUACAGAAUGAAGAAUAAUAAGUAUUACGAUUCUUCCGCUUCUGCUGCUGUGGCCUCAGCAAAUAAAGCGGAGAAUUCGAUUCCGCUUAUGGUUCAGCCGGAGCAGCAAUGGCCGCCUGCUCCGCUGCAACCCGAGAACAAUAAUAAUAAUAAUCAGAUUAAUACGCGAUUGGAGGAUGAUGAUGAAGAUGAGGAAGAUGAAGAUAUGGAAGAGGAAGAAGAAGAUGAUGAAGAUGAAGGUGGGAAUAAUUAUGAAUUGGUGGCUAAUAAGGCUUCCACUACUACUGUUAAUGCAGUUGAGUGAGUUUCAGAGAAUGAUUGAGCUGAAGAGAGAGAGAGAAAAGAAAAAGCAAAAGAGAUGGGGUUGUCGGAGAUGAUCAUUGCCGUUGACCUGCCGGCCGGCCGGUGGGUCAGAGAUUUUUUCUUUCUUAUUUUUUUUUUUGUUUUUGUUUUUAAGUUUUCCGGCGAAGCGUGGACCUGAUCAUGAUGAAACAUUUUUAGUGUUACUUACUCAAAACGACAUUGGAAAGUUGUUAUACGACAAGAUAUUGAAAAAGAAAAAAAGAAAGAAAAACAAAAUAUGGAGAAAGAUCACACAUGGGUUUUUGGGAAGGGGAUUUUCAUUUUUAUUUUUAUUAUUUAUUUAUUUUUUCCUAAAAUAAAUAAGGUAAAGAGGGUUUAGAUUUCAUGACAAAAAAUAAUAAAUGAAAAAGGAAUUAUUAGUGAAUAUGUUAUUUUUCUUUUAAUUGUUUAUGGUGGUGUAAAUUUCAGAAAAUUGUUAUUAGUCUUUUUUUCUUCUUCUUCAGAUUAAUAUUUCAUAUCAAUUACAAUUUUUUUUU